AUGGGAAUGAUUAAGCUUAAUGCUACUGUUAAGCCAAGUUUCAGAAAGCGACGUGCAUUACAAAUAUCUGAUGGCAUCGAACAUAUGGGCAAUAUUCGCUGGGAAUUGGCCGGUACGUUGUUAUUGGUAUGGAUAUUGUGUUACUUCUGCAUUUGGAAAGGCGUCAAAUGGACAGGAAAAGUUGUUUAUUUUACCGCACUGUUUCCAUAUGUACUACUAACUAUACUUCUUAUUCGAGGCAUAACCCUGCCUGGAGCCUUUGAAGGGAUAAAAUUCUACGUGAUACCACAUUUUUCGAAACUUACUGAGUCAGAAGUAUGGAUCGAUGCAGUGACUCAAAUUUUCUUCUCAUAUGGACUUGGUCUUGGGACACUAGUUGCACUGGGAAGUUAUAAUAAAUUUACAAACAACGUAUACAAAGACGCUUUAAUUGUAUGUACAGUCAACUCAAGUACCAGCAUGUUUGCAGGAUUUGUGAUAUUCUCAGUGGUGGGUUUUAUGGCGCACGAACAACAGAGGCCGGUUGCGGAAGUGGCUGCAUCUGGGUUUACGACAUGCAACAAUAUGACACCUACGAUACCGUUGUGA